AUGGGUAAGAAGCAGCACAGCAAGGAUCGGAUGUUCAUUACUAAGACGGAGUGGGCCACCGAGUGGGGCGGGGCCAAGUCCAAGGAAUCUGCGGCACCUUUCAAGCGCCUGCCCUUCUACUGCUGCUCGUUCGUCCCCAGGAACUCAACCCUAGGUUUAUUCCAGAUGCUAUUUCUGUUCUUAAUCUUGAUCCUUGCCUCUGACUUUCGUUCUUCCUCCUCGAAGAAUCACGUUCACUCCGUUCGAGGAUCCCGUCUGCACGGCCGAUGGCUUCGUGUUCGAUGUUCUGUGAGUGAUCUCCAUUGCGACAUCAUUAGGGUAUUUGGGCUCUGGACUUAUAUCGGGUGAAACGAUUUUGAUUGGAUUGGGAAUUUGGUUGUAGGAAUAUAAUCCCGUAUAUAAGGAAGUACGGGAAGCAUCCGAUCACUGCAGCACAUCUCAAGGCCCAGGAUCUCAUUCCCCUCACUUUCCAUAAAAAUUCUGAGGGUAAGAGACAUUUUAUUCUUACUAAUUAUUUUUCUAAGCUAUGUAACCUGUAACUCCGCCGAAACCUGUGACACAUGCUGUCGUCCCUCCUGGUGACUUGUUGAUGUUAAUAUAACAUGAAAUGUGUCUCGGGGUUGGGCGUUUUAUCCCCCAUUCUCGUCUGAAGACUGCUUCUGAACCAUACAAAUGGUUCUAGUUUUUUUGAAUCUCCUCGGGUUCCUUGGAGCGCAACAAAAAUGCGGAUGCUCUGGUCUCCUCGCUUUCUACCUGCGUGUGUAUUACUCACCUUUUAACCAUUGACUAGCUUACAUUAUUCACUGGCUUCCUCAUAAAGAACUAGUAAAAUAAUAUCAGGUAGAGGUCCUGUCUUCUCGUCUGGAAUCUCAAAUGCGUUAAUGGAUACUUUUUAAGUCAUGCCAUGCUUCACUAGCCGGAGCUUUUGAACUCAUAGAUUUGAUUUGCUGACUAGAAAGCUAAACUUUUGAAAACACGUCCCUGGACGGCUGAAAACCAAGCAAUAUGCUUCCUCACAGACUGGUUUUUUGGGUAUUGAUGUUGCCACAGGUGAGUUUCACUGUCCAGUUUUGAACAAGGUUUUUACAGAGUAUACGCACAUAGUUGCAGUGAAGACCACAGGAAAUGUCUUCUGUUAUGAGGUUCGUUCCCAUUUUUUUACUUUUCUUCUCCCUUUUUUAUUUUAUUUCCGUCUUCAGUCUCCAUUGAUUAUUGUUUCUGUUCAGGCAAUCAAAGAGUUAAAUAUCAAAACCAAGAACUGGAAGGAGCUGCUCACUGAUGAGCCUUUCACCAAAGAUGACCUAAUAACCAUCCAGGUGACCACUAAAUUAAUUGUCACAUUCAUGCGCGUUUCUACACCGUAGCUAGCUAGUUUAAUUAUAAAAUUCCACGCUUUCCUGCAGAAUCCAAAUGCAAUUGACAGCAAAGUUAUUGUCGACUUCGAUCAUAUUAAAAAUAGUUUGACUGUUGAAGACGAAGGUACACUGUUUUGAUUGUUGGUUUUUUUAUGAAUUCUAUCAAUUUUUUCACAUGAAGACGAUAAUUUUAUCCUCUCUCCUCUCCCCUCCCCUCCCCCGAAGAUUUGCAGAGAAUGAAGGAAGAUCCAGCCUACAACAUAAAUAUAUCCGGUGAUCUCAAACAAAUGCUGAAGACACUGAAAAGUGAUUCCGGAAAAGAAGUAGCAUUACAUGGUGGAGGUGGAAGUAAAGCUCAGAAAGAGAGAGCCGCUGCAUUGGCUGCAAUUUUAGCCUCAAAGACUGAAACCACUGGAGAUUCUAAAACGAAGACCAAAGGAGAACCCAAACCUGCUCAAGGCUUCAGCAUUGUGGAUGCUGCAUCUGCUUCAGUUCAUGGGAGAAGUGCUGCAGCAGCCAAAGCCGGCUCUAGUGAGAAGACCGCCGCCCGGGUAGCCAUGCACAUGGCGGGUGAACGGAUACCUGUCAAUGCUAAGCUUGUAAGCCCGCCACACAAACUCUAGACCAUAUCAUCGGGUUUAUUUGGUCAACAUUUUCUUAACUUCUGGGUCAUGGGGUUGGACGAUUCUCAGGUCAAAAGCCAAUAUACCACGGGAGCUGCCUCAAGGUCUUUCACAUCUACCUCAUAUGAUCCUGUCACCAAAAAUGAAUAUGAAUACGUUAAAGUUGAGAAGAACCCAAAGAAGAAGGGGUAUGUUCAGUUGCACACGAGCCAUGGAGACCUGAACAUAGAGCUCCAUUGCGACAUAGCCCCACGGGCAUGUGAGAAUUUUAUCACACUCUGUGAGCGUGGCUAUUAUAACGGAGUUGUUUUCCAUCGGAACAUCAGGUACAUUAUCCGCAUCUUUAGCUGAGCAAGUGCCAAAUCUUCCCCUCAUUUUCAUCAGUGAUAUAAUCAUCUUCUGUUGUAUGAGUGAUGGAAGGAUCUUUUUCUCCUGCUUAGGAAUUUCAUGAUCCAAGGUGGUGACCCGACGGGCACUGGCAAAGGAGGAGAGUCCAUCUGGGGGAAGCCCUUCAAGGAUGAGGUGAACUCCAAGUUGCUUCAUUCAGAAAGGGGCGUCGUCAGUAUGGCGAACAGCGGCCCCCAUACGAAUGGUUCACAAUUUUUCAUCCUAUACAAGUCUGCAAAUCAUCUAAACUACAAGCACACGGUGUUUGGAAAAGUGGUCGGGGGCUUGACGGCCCUUGCAGCGAUGGAGAAAGUCCCUGUCGAUGACAGCGAUCGCCCCCUGGUCAGUGAUUCUUUUCCCUUUUUCCUUAUUCAGUUCUAGUUGGUAUCUGCUUUCUAAGGAAGUUUCUUUCUAUACUGGGCUACUUUUGGUGUUAUCUAGGAGAAGAAUCUAGUCUACAUGGAGACAAAAAAAAUUUGGAUCGAAAAUAUUUUGAUUGUAGAGUUCUCCGGCUUUGUUUUAGAAGAAAUACCAAGAUUAAAAAAGAUUAAUAAAAAUUGGAACUCAUAAUUGUCAAAAAAAACUAAUAAAGAUAUUUAUCUUCUCACGAAAAGAAACUUUUUUGAUUUAAUUUUUGGCUAUAUCGUCCCAUAUCAGAUCUGGAAUCUUGGUUCUUCCCAGAAUUUGUACUUUAUGAUGCAUAUAAGCUUAAACCAUGGAUUAUACCAAUCCAAGUUCUUCUUUUUAACAUUCAUAGAAAUAAAAUAAAAAAAUAGUCAAAAUAAGAACAUCAACGGAAAUUUUUUUAAAAAAAUCAGACCAGGUACAAUUUUUUCAUCUUUUCUUCAUGGUGAUCAUAAAUAAUUUAUAGUACCACAAAUGCAUUUUUUUCCCAUGAAUAAAUGCCUCAAUAAAAUCAAUAAACCAAGAGUGCCGCAUAGGUAUUAAUGGAAUGGUCAUGUGGGAAGAAAAAAGCUUCUCACAACACAGAUUUCAUUUCUGAUGAUGAGUAUGUGACCGCUCUUAUAUAUAUCCUUCGGAGCUACCUCCAGAAGAACCCAACCCCUUUGUUAGAACUGAACUCUCUGUUUCUGCAGCAAGAGAUCAAGAUCACAGGCGUGACCAUCUUUGUAAAUCCCUACUCCGAGCCUGACGAGGAGGAAGAGCGCGCCAAGGAGGAGGAGAAGAAGAAAGCUGCCGAUGCCGAGGAUGUGGGUCCCAAACCAUAUGCUUCCAUUUUUGGCUGCUUUAUGAGACAAUAAUGUCUGAAUUCCGAGUUGGAACUUUGCAGGAUAUGGUCGGCUCAUGGUACAGCAACCCGGGCACUAGAGCAAAUGGGUCGGCCCCAGGCAGUGGCGGCGUGGGGAAGUACUUGAAGUUAAAGACCUCUGAGGAUCAAACGGUCAGCGGUGGCGGCAGCUUGCUGCAGCAGCAGGAGUCAACCAAGAAGAGAAAACUUGGCGUCUCUAGUGAGUUCAAAAAUUUCUCUUCUUGGUGA